AGCUAAUAUUUACUAAUAGUAAAAGUGUACACCAUUAGUGAAAAUAAGAAAAUGUAGAAGCGCAUGUAGCUGUAUAUUCUAUAAAUAUACUAAGUCCAACUUUAGAGUUAGAAGUUCGUUGUUUACACUCAUACAUUUAAACACUUAUUUAAUUCCACUAUAUUUAGUAAAUUCAAACUUUAUUUUACCUAAUUCUCUUUUUAUAAAAAAAAUGGAAAAGAAAGAAAGAAGAGGAGGUCUUUUGAUCUCUUUUCUUACUUACUAUUGGCUAAAAAGAUGGUUAGAAUAGUUACAUAAGUCACUAUAGAAAGCGAGGACCUCUUAUUAUUCACUACAUAUUCUUUUAUUGAUUAUUUACGAUUAUUCUGUUUUGAAGGGUGUCUAGGUUAUUCGUUAUCGAGCAUCACUAGGAAUGUCUAAAAAUAGUGAAUUGGCAGCUAAUUCGUUAUCGGAGGUAAAAGAGUCCACAAAACCAGAAAGAAAGUGUGAAAAGAUGAUAACCAAAUGGAAAGAAGAAAUAAGAGAUUGGUCCACUUCCUCCUUAAAUAUAAGUCAACUUAAACAAGAUAAUUAUCCAAAUUGGAAGGAUUUGCCUUCAAUUGUUUUGCUCUUAGUAUUUAAGCAUUUACAAAUUUAUGAUCGUGCUCAAGCUGCUCGUGUAUGUCAGCAUUGGUAUAGAGUGUAUCAAGUACCUCAAUUAUGGCAAUCGUUUGAAUUCAUCAUCAGUCAACCGCAAAGAUCAUCCCUUCAACCAACAUCACCGGCUUUAAUUCAGUACAUUCUUAAUCAACAUGCCAAGCAUCUCCGUUUUGUAACAUUCAAAGUAGACAGUAGCCAAGAAUCUGCAGAAAUGGCGUGCCGUAUUUUGGCACAGUUAGUUGAUUGUUCUCUUAAGACACUAGGUCUCAUAUCUUCAGCCAAACCAUCAUUUAUGAAACUUGAUCCCGACCGAUUCGUGUCUGCAUUAACUCUUGUAAUUGAUAAAUGUCAUUCGCUUUCUUCACUCGCCAUUGAAGAAACACCGGUUGAUGAUCCAUCAUUACAACUUUUGGCUACUAAUAGUUGCAAUUCUUUGGAACUUUUGUGGAUGAAAAGUUGUCCCAAUGUAUCUGCUAAAGGUAUUCAGGCGGUUGCUGAUCAUUGUCACCAAUUAUGUGAAUUAACUCUUAAUUAUUCUUUGUUGAGCGACGAUUUAUUAUUAGCUCUGUCUUCUGAAGAGCAUGCACGUCUUAAAUUUAUGAGAGUUGAUGUAUCUUCAGAUGAUUUACAGGCUAUUGCAGUUCAUCAUGUUUCAUCUGAAAGUUGGCAGGCUCUAGUGAAGCACUCACCAAGUAUGUCACUUGUUAUGUACAUUUUUUUAAGCUUAGAAAAUGCUCUAAACCAAUUUUUUAAUGUAAACAUUCCCGUUACUCAUUUAUAUUUUUGUAAUUAUGUUCCGCAAUCAAUAUUAAUUAAAGUGGCAAAACAUUGCCCAUGUUUGAUGGAACUUGUUAUUGGAUCAAAUGGAAAUUCCAUUAUUGACCAAGAAAUUUUGUCUGUGGCACGUGGUUGUCCCAAACUUGCAUCUUUGGGUUUAGGAAUGUGUGAGAUAUCAUGUUCGGCAAUACUUGAACUAGUUAAAAUCUGUGGAACUCGUCUAAAGAAACUGUAUGUCCUUGAAGAAUCCAUGAUUGAAGACGAACAACAUGAUAUUGCCAAAACCUGUUUUGAAGUAUCUCAUAUUAUCGGAUAUGAAUGGUGUCCUGAUGUAAUGCCUGUUUGGUAGUGUUACAGUUGAAAAAGAUUAAAACAAAACAUUUUCAUUCUUUACUAAUUAUAUAUAAGGUACUUUUGAAUUGUGUAGCAGCACUUUUCAUGUAAAGAUAAAUAAUUCAUGCUGUGGUUUUUAUUUGAAAUGAUUAAAAUAUAGGAUAUAAAGAAAAAUCACAAAGUUUGCAAAUAUCAGAAAUUCAAUUUCAUGGAAUACCACCAUUCAAAAACUGGGUAUACUUGAAUUAAAACCUGUAAAAUGUUAGCACUUAUUUCUUUUACUCUGCUGGAUAUUUGGUUUUUUAGAUGUUUUAAUUUGUGUAAAGUGAUCAAACUGUCUAAUUGAUAAAUUUUUGUUAGCAUGUUGACAAUUUAGUAGUUUAAAUACCAACAUAUAUGCAUUAUCAUCAUCAUUAAUUUUUGUACAACAAUGUUUGUCUAGACAUGUCACAAUGUUUAUAUGAAAAAAGUAUUUCCGAUCCUUUAACCAUAUAUUGUAACAGUGAGAGACAACAUGGUCUGAAAUGAAGGACAAAUGCUACUCUCUGAGGGACAUAGUUUAUAAAUUUAAGAAAUACAGAAGUCUCUUUGAAAACAGAAAAGCAUUUCCAUUCCUUCAAAAAUAUAAAACUAUUUAUACAGUACUUCCUUGUUAUAGAGCAAUGCAAGUCUUGGCUUUUUUUGAAAUUUCAUUUAUUUAUUUGUAGAACAUUUAUAGAACAUGAAUGCAUUCAUGUUCUAUAAAUCAAGAAUUUUAGAACAGAAAAUGUUGAAGACAAGGUCUUCAAACAAAAUUUUGGCAUAAUAUGUUUGAUUUGAUACCAAAAAUAGUCUUAGAUGACAAACGAUUGCUGGAUUACUAAUUGCAGGACAAGGGACAAGGCACUGAAUAUGGGACUGUCUUUCUGGGAGCAAGACAGUUGACAACCAUGCAUUUCUAGACCAUGUUUCUCAUAAAAGCUUUUCAUCUUUUUUGGUGUGAAAGAUGUCUUUGAAAGUUUGAUGAAUA